CAGACACACUCGAUUCAGCUCGCUCCUUCCGCAUGGCCAUCUCAUCUCUUCGUUUCCCGCUCUCCCCAUACCUCCGCAAAAACCCACACUCAACCCCAACCCCGAACUUCAGACUUUUCAGAAUCUCAAUACUACCCCUACGACCACACUGUUCUUCUUCUUCUUCUUCUUCUUCUUCCACCCACAAAUGGCAACCUUUCCGCAAAAAGAAAGUCGUCAUUCGGGUCGGCUACGUCGGAUCCGAUUACAGAGGUCUGCAAAUGCAACGACACGAUUCCUCAUUAUCCACAAUUGAAGGAGAAUUGGAGGGGGCCAUAUUUAAGGCUGGUGGGAUUAGUGAUAGUAAUUACGGGAAUCUCUACAAAAUUGCGUGGGCAAGAAGUAGCCGUACUGAUAAAGGAGUGCACUCCUUGGCAACGACUAUAUCAUUGAAAAUGGAAAUCCCUGAAAAUGCAUGGAAAGAAGAUCCCUAUGGCAUGGCUCUUGCAAAUUACAUCAACUCUCAUCUUCCUAAAAAUAUAAAAGUCUUUAGCAUUUUGCCUGCACAGAAGAGCUUUGAUCCUAGAAGGGAGUGUAAUCUCCGGAAGUAUUCUUAUCUCCUUCCUGCAGAAAUCAUUGGAAUCAAAAGUAACUUUAGCACAGCUGAGGUUGAUUAUCAUCUGUCAGACUUCAAUAAUAUAUUAAAUGCGUUUGAGGGAGAACAUCCUUUCCACAAUUAUACAGUACGGUCCAAGUACAGGAAACAGUUUCCUGCAAAACAAUCACUUGGAAAUGGUAAUGUUCCUGGGAAAGCAAGAUCAUCCAGUGAGGCAUCAGCCUGUGAGUUUGAGGAAAGUGAUGGAGAUGAAGAUUUUGUGAUUGAUGAAGCAAUUGCACUAGAUGCUGAGAGGAUGAGCAAAAGUUCUUCAGAAUUCAACGUUUUUCAUGAACAUCUAGCUGACACUUGCAAUAAGCAUGAAAAAGAUCAGAAGGCUCACACUACCAAUUCAGCUGUCCUUGCAAGAUGGUUACACGAACCUGAUGAGAAGGACAGGAUAAGUGCUUCCCACUUCAGAAAGAUCUUUUGCUGUUCUUCUGGAAAGCUGGAGAAAUCACUUGGAUUUCCUUAUGUUGAGCUUUCUAUAUGGGGAGAGUCUUUCAUGUUACAUCAAAUCCGCAAAAUGGUUGGGACUGCUGUGGCAGUAAAGCGCAGCUUACUCCCUAGAGAUAUUAUAACAUUGUCACUUGCCAAGUUCUCACGGAUCGUUGUACCCCUUGCCCCAUCUGAAGUUUUGAUUUUGAGGGGAAAUAGUUUCUCUAUCAGAAAUAAACCUGGAGAUGUAAAGAGGCCGGAAAUGGUGACAAUAGUUGAAUCAGAAGAAAUUUUGAAAGCAGUUGACCAGUUCUACACAUCUGUAAUGUUGCCUGAAGUUUCAAAGUUUUUGGACCCUUCGAGUUCUCCUUGGAAGGACUGGGUUGAAAAAUUGGAUGAGCAUACAAGCAUUCCAGAUGCACAAUUGGAUGAAGUCAGAAAUGCUUGGAAGUUGUGGAAGGAAAAGUUUCAGAGUAGCACACUGUUGCAUCAGUCAUAAAUCAAUGAAAUUGAGGUAAAUUGCUACUCUCUGAUUCAAAUGUAAAAUUAUUUUUCCUAGGAUUGGGUUAUCCGGUUCAAUUCAAUUAAAUAAUUGCUACUCUAUAUUUGCCGCAUCACAUUUUGAAGGGUGCUUCUGUUAUUUGCCAAAUUCAAUGAUCAGCAGAAUGUCC